CUCAGGGAAGGGGUAGGCCAGCUUAUAAUAGAUAACCUCUCCUAGAAUGUAACAGUUACACCCUUGAGUUUAGUCAGUGAUUGCAUUUGCACUUAUUUAAUGAAAAUGAAAACUCUGAUCUGUAUUUGUUUGAUUAUCGGCGUUGCCCUCGCCGCUGAAAAGUCGGAAAAAUCCGAAAAACCAGAGAAAAAAGAAGAAAAAAAAGUUGACAAGCGUGGUUUGUACGGAUUGGGUAUCGCAGGUCAUGGACUCCUAGGAGGUGGAUUUGGAGGAGCAGGUUUAGGAGGUGCCGGUUUUGGUUCCUUCGGUACCGGAUUAGGAGGUGGAGGAGGCGCAGGAGGUGCUGGCGCCGGAGCAGCUGUUGAACUGAGUUCUCACGCUCAUACCCAUACCACCAUCACAAGGAACUUAGGAGUACCCGUACCCGCUCCAGUACCAUACCCUGUAGACAGACCUUACGGUGUAGCUGUCCCUGUCCCCGUUGACGUACCAGUCGAAAGACCAGUACCUGUUCCAGUAGCCAGACCUGUUCCAUACCCAGUCGAAAGACCAGUUGCAGUACCUGUUGACAGACCAGUCCCUGUCGAUGUACCACGCCCAGUGCCAUACCCAGUCGAAAGACCUGUCCCAGUUGCUGUACCAGUUGCCCAUCCAGUUGGAGUAGCCAGGCCUGUGCCUGUAGCAGUACCUGCUCCAUACCCAGUUGCCAUUGGAGGUGGAGGUGCUGGUAUUGGAGGAGGUAUUGGUGGAGGAUAUGGAGGAGGAGCUGGACUCGGUGGUGGCAUCGGUUUGGGAGGAUACGGCAAAUUCUACCACAAGUAAAAGCUGAAAGAAGUAGGCAACUUGGAGUGAAAGUAGAAGAGAUUUUUGGUCGAGGAAUGUAAAAAGAGAAUUUUUUAUUAUUAUUUUUGUCUUGUAAAUAAAUCUAAAUAAAUUAUUAUUUAAAAAUA